AUGUAUCUGUAUCGAUGUAUCUGUAUCGAUGUAUCUGUAUCGGUGUAUCUGUAUCGGUGUAUCUGUAUCGGUGUAUCUGUAUCGGUGUAUCUGUAUCGGUGUAUCUGUAUCGGUGUAUCUGUAUCGGUGUAUCUGUAUCGGUGUAUCUGUAUCGGUGUAUCUGUAUCGAUAUCGAUGAUCUGUCAAAUGAGCAGAUGUUAUGAAUCGAUGGUCGAUGAGAUUAAGAGUAAGUCCACCGAUGCGAUGCGCCUGUGUGCAUUCCAAUAUCUACACCUCCACUUUCUUAGCAUGGCGUCCAGAACCGAGAAAGAGGACCAAGGGAAUGCAAUCGGUGGGAAGGAAAACAGCACGAUGGAAACAAAUGAAAAGGGAAAUACAAGCGGCGAGGAAAGCCAAAGCAAAAAUGAAAGAAUUGAAGGCACAAAAGCGGCUACCGGUGGAAACAAAGACGCCGAGAAUGUCGAUGGAAACAAAGAGCACGAGAAUGCUGGCAAGUCUACAGAAAAGCAACAAAGAGAGCCAGAGCUGAAUGAGACAAAGCGGGAAGACCCAGUAACAAACGAAACAAACACAAACGAAACAAACGAAAUAACCACAAACCAACCAACCACAACCGAAACCACCACAAACCAACCAACCACAAACACAAACAACACCACCACCACAACCACAACAAAGACCGCAGCGUGGGCCGGCCUCGCCCGCGACAUCGACACCAUCUGCGCCGCCGCCGCGUCGUCGCCGGCGCUCCGCCGCCACUCGGUCGAGCUCUUCCGCCUCAACGUCGUCCGCGGCCGCGGCCUCGUCGCCCGCAGCGUGCUCUCGCGCGCCAUGCGCCAGCCGCAAGCCGCCGCGCCGCUCGCUGCUCUCGUGGGCGUGGUCAACCUGCAACUUCCGCAAGUGGGCGGUCUUGUGGCGGCACGCACGGCGGCGCUCUUCAAGCAGGCGUACGUGCGCAACGACGGGCGCGGCGUGGACGCGGCGGCGGCGUUUCUCGCCGAGUUGGUGCGCUUUGCCGUGGCCACCGACACCGUGUUGCUCCAGGUGUUCCAGCUUCUUCUCGAGCGGCCCUCCGACGACACGGUGCGCGUGGCCACGGCGCUUUUGCGCCGCCUCGGCUCGUGGAUGGACGCGCACGCACCCGCUGCGGCAGACAUGAUCUGGGGCCGGCUCCGCGACGUGCUCCACGAGGGCCAGGCGCUGGCGCAGGCCAUGCGGCGCAUCACCGAGCUCAUGCGGGCGCGGCGCGACGGCCUUGGCCCUGCGGUGCCGCGGCACUUGGACGUGGUGCCGGCCGAAGACGCCCAGCCGCACGACGUGGACUUGGCCGCGCCGCAGCCUGUGGAGGCGCACCUCGACUGGUUUGACCCUACAGAGGACGUGGCGGCGGCCGACGCGGCGUACGCCGCUCAUCGGGCAGAGAUCCUCGACGAACAGACCAACCAAGACAAUUCUACCAACGAACAGGCCAACCAACACACCAACGAACAGACCAUCCAGACCAAAGAGGCUGUCACCGACAUGACGGACGCCGCGCUCCUACAGCACCAGAAGAGCAUCUACCUCACGGUCAUGUCGUCCAUGUCCGCGGACGAGGCCGUGCACAAGCUCCUCCGGCUCCAGCGCAGCGCACAGUUGUCGGACGCCGUGAUGACAGACAUGUUGGUCAAGUGCUGCGCGCAGGAGAAGACGUACUCCAAGUACUUUGGCGUGCUAGGCGAGAAGUUGUGCGGGUCGUCGCGGCGCUGGCACGCGGCGUUCGUGGCGCAGUUCCGCCGCUCGUACGACGCUCUCUACCAGCACGAGGGCGCCCAGCUCCGCAACAUGGGCAAGUACUUUGGCCACUUGGUCGCUGCAGACGUUUUGGCGCCGCACGAGACGCUCGGCGUCAUCACGUUGACCGAGACAGACACCUCCAGCGCCAGCAGAGUGUUCAUCAAGUUCUUGUUCCAGGAGUUGGUGGAGGAGUUGGGCGUGGACUCUCUCAAGCGGCUUCUUCUGGACCCAGAUGUUCGCGUGCACCUCCGUGGCCUUUUCCCCGUGGUGGACGUGUCGCGUGCCGACGCCGACCACAUCAUGUUCUCCAUCAACUACUUCACGGCGAUCGGCUUGGGCGUGCUCACGGAGGAGAUGCGGCUGGUGUUGAAAGCGCUUCCAGAAGACCGGGGACGCAAGCGCAGCCGCGGCUCCUUCUCGUCGAGAGAGGGCUCUUAUUCUAGGUCUAGAUCAGGCUCUUAUUCCAGAUCCAGAUCGGGUUCGUAUGCCUCGUCUCGCUCCUACUCCAGAUCCAGGUCCGCAUCCUACUCGCGGUCGCCUCUGCAAAGAUCGUUUUCUCGCUCGCCUUCGAAUGCUCUGCAGAGGUCUUUUUCUCGUUCGCCAAGCCGGAGCCCAAGCAGACACCCGCAGUGA